UAUUAAAGAUGGACCAAAAAAGUGUAAUCCAAUAUGAAUAUUUUAUCAAUGAUAAACUAAAAUCAAAUCUUAAAAAACUUAAUGAAGCUAGAGAGAAAAUUAAUGGAAAAAUUGAAAAUUAUGUACAAACCAAAGAUAUGAUUCAAACACUCCAGGCGAAUGACAUGAAAGAAAUCAAAAUACGCACAGACAUUGGCUGCAAUUUCUACAUGAAAGCUAAAAUAAAAAAUGCAGAGUACAUAUAUAUUGAUAUAGGCCUUGGUUUAUUUGCCCAAAUGAAACUUAAUGAAGCAGCAUCCUUUAUAGAUAAAAAGGUUAAACUACUUGAUGAUCGUGUUGAAGUUAUCAAUCAAGAUAUGUGCAAAGUUUCGGCUCUUAUAAGACUAUAUUUGAAUGAUCUAGCUGCAAAGCAAGGAUUGGAAGAUUGAAAAUCUUACUUUUUUAAAAAUUAUAUAUAUUGUUUGUUAAUUGAAACCAUUAAAAAAACAAUCAGGAAUAUUUUAUUUUGCCUAUGUGUAUAUAUUUUAUUGUUAUAAAUAUUAUGUUGUUAUUUGAAAUUGAAACUAUAAGAACAAUUAAUAUUUUAUUUAUUAUUUAAAUCUGUAUAAUAAUACCUUCUUAUAUACAUUAAUAAUCAGAAUUUGUUUUAGAUAGCAAUGGCCUAUCUUAGCCUCCCCCCCCCCCUUUUUUUACUAUAUAGGCAUAAAAUAAAUUUCUUUUGUUAAAAACAAAAUAUUGACUUUUAACAAUUUUUAAUUUCGAAUUAUUUGGUUAAGUUUGACAGAAUAUAUACUUAACAUCAUUCGA